UAAAUAAAAUAUCUAAAAUGUCACGGAUUUGAAUCCACGCUCAUCGGUUGGAUAUAUCUCGCACAGUUGAAAUGUGGCGGAUUUGAAUCUACACUCAUCUGUUGUAUAUAUCUUGCAAAGUCGCAACUUAACUGAUAUAACCGGAAUUAUUGACACAAUUUCAUACUAUUUAAAUUUCGUAAUUAGUAUUGUUCUAAGUUUUUCUUUCUUUUAAUUUGUGUACCUAUCUUUUGUGUAAGUAGUGCUCUAUAACAGAAUAUACCAUCACACCGUUUUCUUUCUUUCUCCCUAAACGAAAAUAAAAACAAACUAACAUUUGAAACGUACUAAUUCGUCGUCAUCAUCAUAAAAAAUAACGCCGUUUCCGUCCACAUAACCUGUUGGUCAUUUGUGUACUGUAAUUUUCGACAUUCACUUGCCGCCGAUCUGCUUGCUUCUAAUUUUACCUCUCUGACGUACGUCUUGCUCAGAAGGAAGAGCUUGUUUUCAGUAUUACUUUGAGGUCAGUUAGGUUUCUGUUUCAGAGUAUUUGAUUUGGGAAAUUGGAAGAGUUGAUGAUUUGUUGCUUGUAGAGUUGUUGUACUUGAUUAUGUGGAUUGCUCUUAAUUGGAACCAUGGUUGUGUGCGUGUCCUUUUUUUGGACUGUUGGGGAUGAAUUGAAGCUUGGUGACUUUGAUUUGUGUUGUUGAAUUAAUUGGUUUUGUACUUUUAACUAAAUUUAGGGUUGAUUAUUUGUGAUGUGGACUAAUAAUUAGGUUCAGAAUUAAGAUUGAGAGUUUUUGAUUGUGAAUUGUGAUCAUGGAAGCUAGAUUGGGUGCUGAGGGUUAUAAUUUUUAUGGUGUUGGUGGUUCCUCUAAUUUGAGUAGUAUAGGGAAAAGGUCUAGAGAAUGGAAUUUGAAUGAUUGGAGAUGGGAUGGUGAUUUGUUCAUAGCUAGCCGUGUGAAUCCGGUGCCAGCGGAUAGUCUGAGAGUGGGACAGCAAUUUUUUCCUCUUGGGUCUGGGAUCUCGGUAGCCGGGGGUUCCUCCAACACCUCUUCUUCAUGCUCUGAGGAAGGAGAUCUUGAGAAUCCCAAAAGAAACAAAGAAGGGGAGAGGAAAAGGAGAGUUAUUGUUCUGGAAGAUGAUGGUUUGAAUGAGGAAACUGGUGCUCUUAGCCUAAAUCUUGCAGGACAUGCUUCACCGGUGGUGGAAAGGGAGAUUACAAGCUGGGAUGGUAUAAAUGGAAAGAAAAGCAAAGUAGCUGGAGGUACUUCGAGUCGAGCUGUUUGUCAGGUUAAAGAUUGUGGUGCAGAUCUGAGCAGAGGUAAGGAUUAUCACAGACGUCAUAAAGUUUGUGAGAUGCAUUCUAAGGCUAGUAGAGCACUUGUGGGGAAUGCAAUGCAGAGGUUUUGUCAACAGUGUAGUAGGUUUCACAUGCUUCAAGAGUUCGAUGAAGGAAAGAGAAGCUGUCGAAGACGCUUGGCUGGCCAUAAUAAACGGAGAAGGAAAACAAAUACUGAAGUUGUUCCUAAUGGAAGUCCAACAAAUGAUGAUCAGACCAGUAGUUAUCUCUUGAUAAGUUUAUUGAAGAUACUUUCAAAUAUGCAUUCUGACAGGUCAGAUCAGCCUACAGAUCAGGAUCUUCUAACUCAUCUUCUAAGGAGUCUUGCUAGUCAGAAUGAUGAGCAAGGGAGCAAGAACUUGUCAAACCUUUUGCAUGAACAAGAGAUUUUGUUGAGAGAAGGGGAUUCUUCUAGGAAGUCAGAGAUGGUGUCAGCUUUAUUCUCCAAUGGUUCUCAAGGCUCUCCAACUGUUAUAGCACAAAACCAAAUAUCUAGGAAUAAAAUGCAACAAGAAAUGAUGCAUACUCAUGAUGUUAGGACCGUUGAUCAUCACCUCGUAUCUUCAAUAAAGCCCAGCAUUUCAAACAGUCCUCCUAUUUACUCAGAAAUCAGAGAUAGUAGUGCACAAAUAAAGAUGAAUAAUUUUGAUUUGAAUGACAUAUACAUUGACUCAGAUGAUGGCAUGGAAGAUAUAGAAAUAUUGCCAGUCUCUACAAAUAUUGGCACUAGCUCUGUUGAUUACCCAUGGACACAACAAGAUUCUCAUCAGUCAAGUCCACCUCAAACAAGUGGAAAUUCAGAUUCUGCAUCUGCCCAGUCCCCUUCUAGUUCUAGUGGAGAAGCUCAGAGUCGUACAGACCGGAUUGUUUUUAAACUCUUUGGUAAAGAGCCAAAUGAAUUUCCUCUUGUACUUAGAGCACAGAUUCUUGAUUGGUUAUCCCACAGUCCUAGCGACAUCGAGAGCUACAUACGACCUGGUUGUAUUGUUUUGACUAUCUAUUUGCGUCAGGCUGAGGCUGUGUGGGACGAUCUGUGCUGUGAUCUGACUUCCAGUUUGAGUAAGCUGCUGGAUGUCUCAGAUAAUACAUUUUGGAGAACUGGAUGGGUUCAUUUCAGGGUGCAGCAUCAAAUGGCAUUCAUUUUCAAUGGUCAAGUUGUAAUAGAUACAUCGCUACCUUUUAGAAGCAACAAUUAUAGUAAGAUUUUGACUGUUAGUCCAAUUGCUGUACCAGCAUCAAAGAGAGCUCAAUUUUCUGUUAAAGGUGUAAACCUAAUGCGCCCUGCCACAAGGUUAAUGUGUGCUUUAGAAGGAAACUAUCUGGUGUGUGAAGAUGCUCAUGAGUCAACAGAUCAAAACUCCAAGGAGCUUGAUGCACUUCAGUGCAUUCAAUUUUCAUGUUCGGUCCCUGUGACGAAUGGAAGAGGAUUUAUUGAGAUUGAGGACCAGGGCUUGAGUAGCAGCUUCUUUCCUUUCAUAGUGGCAGAGGAGGAUGUUUGCUCAGAGAUUCGUGUGCUUGAGCCUUUACUUGAACUAAGUGAAACUGAUCCAGAUAUUGAAGGGACUGGAAAAAUUAAAGCCAAAAGUCAAGCUAUGGAUUUCAUUCAUGAAAUGGGAUGGCUUCUUCACAGAAGUCAAUUGAAAUAUAGGAUGGUUCACUUGAACUCUGAUGUAGAUCUCUUUCCAUUAGAACGGUUCACGUGGCUUAUGGAGUUUUCCAUGGACCAUGAUUGGUGUGCAGUGGUGAAAAAACUGUUGAAUGUACUGCUUGAUGAAACUGUGAACAAAGGAAAUCACCCUACCCUGUAUCAAGCACUUACAGAAAUGGGCCUCCUUCACAGAGCCGUAAGGAGAAAUAGCAAGCAGUUAGUGGAGUUGCUCUUGAGAUAUGUUCCUAAAAAUACAUCUGAAGAACUAAGACCCGAAGUCAAGGCACUAGGUGAUGGAGAUACUCUUAGCUUCUUGUUUAGACCUAAUGCUGUUGGUCCUGCUGGUUUGACACCACUCCAUAUAGCGGCAGGAAAAGAUGGUUCUGAGGAUGUACUGGAUGCUCUUACUAAUGAUCCUAGCAUGGUGGGAAUUGAAGCAUGGAAGAAUGCCCGUGACAGCACAGGCUCCACACCUGAGGAUUAUGCACGAUUACGCGGCCAUUAUACUUAUAUUCACUUAGUGCAGAAAAAAAUUAACAAGAGACAAGGAGGAGCUCACGUGGUAGUUGAGAUUCCAAGCAAUCAGACAGAGUGCAAUACAAAUAAGAAACAGAAGCAAAUUGAGUCUCUCACUGGAUUUGAGAUUGGAAAAGCUGAAGUAAAACGUGGCCAAGGGCACUGUAAACUUUGUGAUACUAAAAUUUCUUGUAGAACUGCAGUAGGGAGGUCUAUGGUAUACAGACCUGCAAUGCUCUCUAUGGUGGCCAUAGCAGCAGUCUGUGUUUGUGUGGCUCUUCUAUUCAAAAGCUCACCUGAAGUUCUAUACAUGUUCCGUCCUUUCAGAUGGGAAUCAUUGGAUUUUGGGACAAGUUAAGGUUUCAUUGAUUUGCAACUAAUAAAACUUGAUAGGUCAUGUAUGGAUGUGUUCAUAAACUAAAUGACCGAGAUUUAGGACUGGUUCUUUUCUUUGUAUUGAGUAAAUUGUGCAAAUAUUAUUUACAUACUCCUAUUUAUUAUCCUUCUAUGGACAUACUUGUAAAAUGAAUGUGAAAAACUCUGUUGUUAAAACUCAAUUUGUUAGAUCCUUCGUAAUUUAAGUGUAAUAUUUGAAUGGAAUAAUCAGUAGAAUACUUGUCUAACCAAAUUCAUUAAUAAUUAAAUCUCCAAUACAUAUUGAAACAGUACUAUUUAGGAGAAUAACAAUACAUGUAGUCAGUUAUCGCUAUCUACAUGAGCUUUUUUACCUUAAAACUUCCACCGAAGAGUUGUAAAAGUAAAAAAGAUUAGAAAUAUUGUUAUAACUAAGAAAAUUAAGUAAAGAGUGAUGUUUUACCUUGAUUCUGAGCAUCAACAAAAUGAUUGUGAUGCACAAGAUUAUGAUAGAAAUCUUUCAAAUAUUUGAUUGUAGUGGAGCAAAUCAUUCAAAUAAUUUGAAGGAUGUUUGAUUCUAGUGGUGCUACAAAUAGUAUGAACGUGUCAAUGGGAGAUAAGGAGGAUUAGCAAUAUCAUUAUCAUGAUUUUAGACGAACAUUCAUCUGUCAUAUUUCUACCCACGUCACAAUCUCAUACAAGCCCAAAACGUCAAAAUAAGGAAACUGCGGUGAGCGUGGAUCGAACACGCGACCUUCAGAUCUUCAGUCUGACGCUCUCCCAACUGAGCUAUCCCCGCUUGUUCGAAAAUAUUAAUAGUCAGAUAUACGACUCAUAACUUUCUAGGUCGUGCUUAUCCAUAACAAUCAUCAUCUAUAAUAACAUAACAUUUUUUAUGUUGACCAUUGGAUCUAUUAAUAGAUCUGAACUCUCAAGUUUGAAGAGGAAAUUUCUAAAAUGGGAAGAACCUCUUGUUUCCAGGAUGAAUCAAAGGCUCGAAGAAUCGCGUGAUAUUAUUGCAAAGUUCCCAGAUCGAAUCCCUUUGAUUGUGGAACGGUAUUCGAAAUGCGAUCUACCUGAAUUGGAGAAGAAAAAAUAUCUUGUUCCACGAGACUUGUCUGUUGGGCAUUUCAUUCAUAUUUUGAGUUCCAGACUUAAUUUACCGGCUGGAAAAGCUCUUUUUGUAUUUGUGAAGAAUACUUUACCUCAAACUGCUAGUGUGAUGGACUCUGUUUAUAGAUCAUUCAAGGACGAGGAUGUGUUUCUUUACAUGUAUUAUAGCACUGAGAAAAUCUUUGGAUACUACACAUAAUGAUAAUUAUUAAACUCUCUACACUUGUAAAUAAUGUAAAUAUUCCUUUAUUACAUUCUUAUUUAUGUAGUACCUUCCCAAUGACAUUGAACCAUUUGGGCUAUUAUGAGUUUGAUAAUUCAUGACUAUUGAUGAUCUCUAUGAAAACCGCUUUACUAGCCUUAACAUCUCUGUAUCUUCCUCUCAUAUAGGAAAACACAAUAAGUGUGUAAGGUAUUGCUACGUUCUUGUUGAUUAAUAUGACUAGGAAGUGGUUUUCACUUUC